GACAACCCGAAGAAUCUUAAUUAAACCAAGUCCCGCAUUCAGACACACAAAUAGAAAGUGUAGAUUCUUAUCCAUAAAAUCUUAUAGGGGCUUGCAAUUACCGUUAUAUUGCAACUGACAGAAAAGUCAUGACGUGACGAAAAUGCACUGCUUAAUACGCUCAAUUGGGGCAUUCAUUUGAUAGCCCCUGCGAAAUGUGCUCGACAAAAGACGUUUGCUAUUGCGGUUUAACUAUUUUUAACCAUCAUCCAAUUUAUUUCGGUAAUAAAAAUACCUUAUGGUACAAUUCAUAUACAAGUUCCGUGGUUUUGUUACGUGACGUGACAGCAGCGUAACGUUAGCCAUAUAAAAUAAUAAUAGUUUUCGAUAAAUAAUCGAAUGCUAACAGAAUGUUGGCAUGUUAGCAUUUUGUUAUGUGCGGGCGUAAUAAUAAUAAAAUUGUGAGCAAAGACAUUUAAUGUUUUCAUUGGAAAGUGACUGAAAACGUACCGCAGCCCGCGAUCGCCGGCGUGCCACAGAGGGGCGCGUUAAUUAAAAUGAAAUUGCUGACAAAUUCUCGGCUUUUGCGGCCUCUGCUGCUGCUACGCCGGCAAAGGUCGUGUGACGCAAAGGCACCCAAACCACUACCGGUUCCAACCAGUGUCCAAUUGGACGAACUGGAACGUAAUGUGGUUCUGCGCCAUCACAGGAAUAAUCUGCCAUUGAUUCGCUCUCUCGUCAACGAUGUGGAGGCUGGAAACCAGGACAAACUGAGCCAGCUGCAAGCGGAACUAGAGCAACUGCCCAACGAUACGCAUCCACGCCUUCAGGACUAUGGCGAAGAGCCACGAGAACUGGCCCAGUAUGUGCAUCGGCAACUGCCACCACAAACUAGUCUUAAGGAGUUCUCGGAACUGGCCCGUGCUCUCAAUCUCUACCGCAUGGAUCAUCUUGGUAACUACACGGGUCACAAGAGCUACUACCUGACCGGCCAACUGGCCACUUUGGAGCAGGCCAUUAUACAGUAUGCUCUUCAGGCAGUCACAGGACAUGGCUUUAAACUGAUCUCCGUGCCGGACAUACUGCCGAGGGAGGUGAUUGAGUCCUGCGGAAUGCGCACCGAUGGCGAACGCACCCAGGUUUACAAAUUGGACACCGGCGAGUGCCUGUCGGGCACUUCAGAGAUGGCGCUGGCUGGGUUCUUUGCGAAUAAGACUCUAGCAGAGGAUCAGCUGCCACUCAAGGUGACAGCCGUGAGUCGCUGCUAUCGGGCUGAAACCUCGGGUCUGCAAGAAGAGAAGGGCAUUUAUCGUGUGCACCAGUUCACAAAGGUGGAGAUGUUCGCCAUCUGCACAGAGGAACAGUCCGAGGCAGAGUUGGAGGAAUUCAAGAAUAUUGAGGUCGAUCUGUUCCGACGUCUCGGCCUUAACUUCCGACUGCUGGACAUGCCACCUUGCGAGCUGGGUGCUCCGGCGUACCAAAAGUACGAUAUCGAAGCCUGGAUGCCAGGUCGUCAGAUGUGGGGAGAAAUCUCCAGCUGUAGCAACUGCACGGAUUACCAGGCCAGGCGACUAGGCAUCAGAUAUUGUCGUUCCAGCGAUGGGCAGAUCUUUCAUGCCCACACCAUUAAUGGAACGGCGACGGCUAUUCCUCGACUUCUCAUUGCUUUGCUUGAGUCUUAUCAGCGGGGAGAUGCAGUCGAGAUACCCGCCGUACUGCGACCCUUUAUGGACGGCCAGGAGCUGAUCACGCGGGACAAACGGAUACCGGAGACGAAGCUUGUCAAGUCUAUCAAGGCCUAGGCUAACCACCACAUUCUGUACCUUUGACUGUUAUCAUUAAAACGUUGGACUUAUCAACGAAAACAGGGGAA